UAUUCGUUCAAUAUUAAGUGUCCAUAUGGAGCUCAUAAGUAACACUGUGCAACAUCCCUACGCUGCGGUAUGAGUGCAGACAGAGCAGUGUGAUGCCUUUGCUGUCUCGGCUUGUUUUUCCACCCUGCUGCUGCUGCUGCUGCUGCUGCUGCCUACGUCAGAGGUGGUACUGCGGCGCAGUGUCGGGCUGCAGCAUGGUGGGACAGAUGCGCACAAGGAUGCGACACGGACUGCACAAAGUUUAAAGAUGCUGCACAAAGCAGCGGACUUCACAUGACUGAAACAGAGCUGCAACCGAGACACCGACUCCUCCCUGUGCCUCUAAUGCGAGGACAGCUUUUUUUUUUUGGGGCUGCGUAAACACACACUGGCCUAUGUCCUCGGUCACUCCACCUGCAUGAUCUGUAAACCAGCUUGCAAGAUGAACUUCAAGAAUUUUAGGGAGUACCUGGCCUGGCUGUACUACCAGUACCUGCUCAUCACCGGCAUCUAUGUCCUGGAGCCCUGGGAAAAGUCCAUCUUCAACUCCAUCCUCUUCUCCGCCAUCGCCAUGGUGAUCUACACUUCGUAUGUCUUCGUGCCCAUCCACGUGCGCCUUGCACUGGAGUUUUUCUCUGGGAUCUUUGGUGGCCAGCCUGAGAGCACCAUGGCACUCAUGAACUAAAAGAUUGAGAGAAUAUGGAGGAGAAAGAGGCAGCGACUGGGUGGAUUAGCAUGAAUCCCCAAAUAAUUCCCUACAGCUCAACUCCUUAUCCCCUGGAGCACCUUGAGCCCCUCUUUACACCACGUUCAUCCCAAAGCACAGCGGUUCGUCACCUCAGCUAAUCAAGACUGAAAACAUGAAGAUCUUAAUGGAGUGAUCUGGAAAUCAGAGCCUUACUAUCUUCUUUACAUCCCAAACCCUCUGGCCUUACCCCAUGGUAUUAGACACACGACUGUACAUUACUUUCACAUCCUUGCUGUGAAAUGUGUUGUGAAAUGUUGUUUGUCCUAUUUGUUUUUAUUUUUCCUCAUGAUAUGUCCUGUGUGAGUGCAUACCACCUUUGGGUUUUGCAUGAUAGGGUCAUUCGUGGGUAGUCCAUUUGCAUGCUCUUCUCACUACAGAAUACUACUUGACUCUCUUCUUUCCAUCAUGACUUCCAAGCUGCAGUCUUUAAAGGGGCAUUCCAAUAAUCUAGUUUGUCAUUUUGAUGAAAAAAAAUUGUUAGAAACAUAUUAAAAAAAAGAGAGUGCUUGUAAUUGAAGCAACAGGACCAAGAUAUCCUGACUUUAAAGACUUAAGUCAAAAACCUAAAACACUGCAUCCUACAAGAUCCAUAAUACAACUCAGCAUGGUAUGUAGGCAGACCUUCCUUGACUGGUUAAUCCCAACAUCUUUAAAGCCCAACACCCCAAAUUCAGAUUAUUUUUCAGACUUUGGCUGCAUCAGAAAUCUUUAUUGUGAAAUGUUUGCAAGCCAACCGCCAGAAUAAAAGUUGGUAUUGUACAUUUCUUCAAAGCACAGAUAUGUUGAAACAUUAUGUUUCUUUACAUUGGUUAUGGUUAGAAAAAAAAGAUCAUGUUUGGGUGGUACAAUCACUGCUGGAAAUGCAAUUGAUGGUUUGCUCAAAAAAAAAAAAAGAAAAAGACAAACAAACCAAAAAACCCAAAACACUUGAAACAUGUACCAGUGUAACAUAUCCGUGGUUUGUAGAAAUGCACAAUGCCAACUAGAGAUGUUAUUAAUUAACUGUUUUUACAGAAAACAAGAAUUUUGACCAAUCAAUACUAUCUGGUAAACAGUUAGAAAUAUAUUAAAACUAGCACCAUGGGGGGAGAUGAUGAGACAGCAGAGUCUGCUGCUGCCCACACUGGUGUUGUAUGACGCUGCCAGGGCAAUGCCAUGAUGCUUCUCCUGAGAGAUGACUAUGACUCCUCGAGAAGCUCAUGACCCAAAAGGCAGAGGAGGACACCUAUAUGAGAGAUCAUCCCCCCUCACUGGAUACUAAUCCUCUUCACUGGUGGAAAGGUACAGCAAACUUUCUGUUGCUGCCAUUACACAGACGGUCAGUUCGCAGUUUGCAUGAGCUAACACAGCAGCAGCGGCUAACAUCUGACACUGAGCAGUUUAACGGUACCAACAAUCUCACACUGACACAAAGACUUGUUAGGUAAUGUUAGCUGUGUGAUGCUGACAGUUAGCCCUGUCACUGUGUGUGUGGGGGGGCCAGGCAGACUCUCUAUGUCACUGGCACCGAGCUCACACUCCCGCAGCAGUGAGGUCAUGAUAAACAGAGAGAGAACAGAGCGGGACAAGGUGGCGCUGAGCAAAGCAAUACAACCCCCGACCCCAGCCUUUUGAUUAAUGGUCAGUGAUUGGUCAACGAGGGUCGGCUUUACACCUAAAACAUUCUACAUUAGCAUCGCUAAUGCCAACAUUUUCCUCUGCCGACUGGGCUGAUGUAUGCACUAUUUAUUGCCCUCAAACAAUCAGUGGAGCAAAAAAAGUUAAGGCAUGGACACUACUUUCUGCUUUUAAUCCCAUAAUGCACUGCAUUGCAGUUUAUAGGAGUGAAAAUUACCAUUGUGUGACUCUACAGCUCUCAGUGAUGAUGCAAAAUGAAGAUUCACAAGUGUCUUAAGUGUCUGAACAGAGUAUGCUAUUGACUGUUUAGUGUGUAAGAAGUAAACAAAUGAACAUGGGAGUGAUUUUAGACACACCCUUAGGAGAGCUCCCUCUCAGAGCCACAGGUGACAAGUGAACUGAACUUGGUGUGUAAAAUCAGUGGAGUGCCCCUUUAAAUAUGUGUGUGUUUAUGUUUAUCUGCAUCUGUGACGCCAUGUUAAUUGCCCUCCGAUAAAAAGGGAGUCAAUACUCAUCCCAACAUUCUUGUGACACGCACUUAAUGUUACUGGUUGAUCUAUGGUUUGGUAUCAGAACCAUUAUCACCUUUUUAGUUGCCUUUAUGCACCGUAAUGCUAACUGGCAGGGUACAUUGCACAUUUCAAGUCAUUGUGUAUCUGACCUUUCAAGAGAGAGUUGGUAGAAAAGCCCAGCUCAGGGAUCUGUUUGUGAAAUUUACCGAUUUACUGGUCAAAGUAAGUAAUAAAAUGAAAUAACUGCAUAGAUGUGUGCCGAGCCCUCUCUUUAUCUCCUGUUUUUUAACUGUCGGUAUGUCAGGAAGGUGUGCUCGGCACUGAGCAUGAGCAAAUAUUGAUACAACACACCUUUGUGUUUUAGGCUUGGCUUUGUUAAUGAUGUAGCUUUACUCAAUCAACAGCCUCUGAACUCAAAGCAGAAAUGUUUGCUGUCACAGGCAAAAUGCAAAGACUGCCGUCAAAUUGGCCUUAAUGAAAAGCAAAGCCUGACUGGCCGACCGAGAACCGUUUUCCUCACCUAUAGUUGAUCUAUAGAGAACGAACCAGGGAGAGAGUGAGUCGUAGUGUAUCUGGUAGCUGUGAUGAGCAUUGCGUUUAGUUGUGUGUUUAAGAUCAGUUUUUAAUAUUUGUGCUUUGGGUCAAGGGCUUGCUGAUAACAGUCUAAUCAUGAUCUCUAAGUUAACUUUAUUUAUAUGGAGUUAUAUAUUUAUAUACACUGGUAAAUGCUUGGCUGGUUACAAUGUCAAUUACCAAAC